AAGAGUUUCCACUUCCGGCCUCCAAGGGGCGGGAGGACUCUGGGAACAUGCGGCUGUCAGUGGCGUACGCCAUUUCCCAUGGCCGCGUAUACCGCCGCCUGGGCCUCGGCCCCGAGUCCCGUAUCCAUUUGUUGAGAAACUUGCUCACCGGACUGGUGCGACACGAACGCAUCGAGGCGUCAUGGGCGCGUUUGGACGAGAUGCGGGGCUACGCGGAGAAGCUCAUCGACUAUGGAAAACUGGGAGACACCAACGAACGAGCCAUGCGUAUGGCUGACUUCUGGCUCACGGAGAAAGACUUGAUCCCAAAGCUGUUUAAAGUACUUGCUCCUCGGUACCAAGAUCAGAAUGGGGGCUACACAAGGAUGGUGCAGAUCCCAAAUCGGAGUGAGCAGGAUCGGGCAAAGAUGGCAGUGAUCGAGUAUAAAGGAAAUUGCCUCCCACCCCUGCCUCUACCUCGUAAAGACAGCAACCUUACACUCCUAAACCAGCUGCUGCAGGGGCUUCAGCAAGACCUCCAAAAGAACCAAGAACAAAGUCUCCACAGCUCCCAUACAGCUCAAACACCAAGGAUUUAACUGGAACUGGACUCUGUGGCUUUCUUCAGUGGCCAUGUCUGAGAACUAAUGCUAAAGUUGUAAAAUGGACAGUCAUAAUCGGGCUCAGAAUCCUCUAAGGAGCCAGAUGGCCUUCUCUCUCAGCACAAAAGAUAAAAUUCCUUACCAUGAAUAUAUGUAAAAAUUUUUUUUUUUUAUUCCCUUAGGUGUUCUGGAAAAAUGAGAACCAUGUAAAUGCUCAGUCUACCUAGGAUAGUAAAUUUAUAGUUUAUGUUUCUGGUUCUUAGGGUUGUGUUUGGUUAAUGUAGUUGGUUUUUUUUUUUUUGCCAAUUUAGAUGGGGCAUGUAUCUUGUAUCCCAGACUUGUUCCCUGACACGACUUUAUUUUGACAUCCAGCAUAGGACUGAGCCUCUAAGAUUUCUUAGAAAAAGAUUGCUUCCUGCUGGGUGGGAGAAUGAACAUCUGCCAAUAAAAUUUGUUUAAUCCAUAUCCAAGGCAACUUCAGGAGACAUUGCAACCAUUCCUCUAUUUCCAGGCUGGAUCACGUAUCUUCAUGUGCUCUCAACCUCUGAAUGGAUUUUUAAGUAGGACCUAAGAACUCUGAUAUCCUACAACAUUGACUGAAAAAGUGGAGGUAUCUGACAAAGGAUGCUGGCAUUCAGGAUAAGCUCCUUCCUCUUGGUAUGGAGAGGGUUUUAGUAAGAGGAACAUUAGAAAGUUCAACUUGCUGGGGAUUUCCUGAAAGUUUUUAUUGUCAAAAUGGGCUUCUGUGGGAACUUAGAAAAGGGAAAUCCGGUUUCAGAAUGGCUGAGCAUGUAAAACACCAGGAGCUCUUUUUCAAUGCACUAAUUAUAGUGAAUAAAGCCAGGCUUAGUCCAGCCAGGCUACUACUCCCUUAGAUUUAAGGACUGACUAGAGUGAUAGUCACAAGAAGACCUAAAGCUGUCACCCGUGGCCUGAACACAAUAUAGCACAUCCUGAUAGUUACCGUAUUCCCAGUAGAGUGGGAAGAAAAAAUUUUGUCUUAAUCUAUACCUUAGUAAGAGUGAGGGUACAAGGGUUACUGGUCUAAUAGACAUGAGCUUCAGUGACACAACUAUUGUAGUGCUAUUUUGCUACAACAGCCUUAGUCUGACACUCAUCCCUAUAGGGCUUACUCUCUCUUCCUCUAAUUUAUCCUUCAAAGUAGUAUGAAAGAGCCUUACAUUAAAGUUUGAGCACCACAGACCCUCAAAAAUAUUUGCAUUAAAUGUUUUUCCCUAAAAAUUCACUACUCUUCCAGUCUUAGCAUGAAUGUGCACCCCAGCUAGAUAAUCAUCCCUGAUGCCUAAAGAAAGUACUUCCCUUGAAAUUAAAACCAUAUCUGUAAAUCUUAAGGACAGGUAAAUUAUGGGUGAACUGCCAUUACAUUUCCUCUUAGCCAGCCAAAAUAUAUUUCAUUUUGGUACUCAUUGGUUCCCAAGGUACUUUUUAAGUAUCUGCUACUCUCCACAUUAUUUUAGGUAAUUGGGAUACCAUAUUUAUCAAUAUUUGCCAUUAAGUCAGUUCCUGCCAUCACAUAGUUAAUAAUGGGACACUACAUCACCUUUAAUAUUUUGGGCCAAAUAAGACAAUCUUGGAACAUUUACUAAAGGCUCAAGGAUAACAAGGGAAAUUGUUAACAGUGUGCUGAGAAUUCUAACUUCACCUCAGUUGGUGGACUGCCCUCAAGUCCUUCUAAACACUACUUAAGUAAAUUCCAAAGCCAGCAGAGGUCCAAAACAAUGAAUUUUGCUUCAGCAACUUUAAAGGUACUUCAUUUGGGACUCCAGUUAUUUACAGCAAGGUUGACAAAAGUGCUGCCCUUACCCUAGCCCAAUAUCUACAGUUAGAAAAGCAAAAGAGGGCCCGGGUUUUAGUUCAGUGGUCCCACCGCCUGCCUUGCAAGCAUAAAGUCCCAAGUUCAAUCCCCAGGAAAAAAAAAAAAAAAGCUAAAAGUUCACUUAAUUUAUCUUCAGUAGAAUUAGGUCAAAUUGCUACCACCUUGUUUCCCUAAAUGUGAAAUUCUGAGUUGCAACAGCCCCCAAUUUCCCUUUCCACAUUGCAGCUGUGGUAAUAGAAACCUGAUUAGCUUAAUGUCUUGGUCAUCUUUUGUGGCUUACAUCCUAUAAAACAAGAGUUUAAAUUUCAGAGGAGAACCCUCUUCCAUGACCAUACAUCUGUUCCAUACUCCAUCCUUGUACCUUGCUUCUAGUUUUAUGCUUCAGAAAGAAGUCAUUUUGGUUGGUUCCUGUUCGUAUCUGUCAUUACCACCUUUGGUUCUUGCAGUCUAUGCUAUCAAGCAGCCAUUCCUGCUUUUCCCUGCCUGAUACAUACACAAACUUAAGUGGCUCAUCUUACCAUCCCUACCCCUAAAUUUAGUGGUGAUGAACCUUUUAGAACUUUAAGUGAUACAAACAGCCUGCUGUGGUAUGAAUGCUGUAAAUUCACCACCAAGUUCAUUACUUUGUCAAACUAGAUGACCCUGAAGUAUUUCUAUGAUACACUGACAUUAAUACAUGCUAUUAUAAUUCCUACAGAGGAUCGAAUCCUAAACAUCCAUCCCAGAUUGACCUAAAGCAGGAACUAUUUCCAUACCCUGGCUGUUGAUGGGUUCAGGAUCCAUGUUUUGUUCUUCUGGGUAGUGUGUCAUUCUGAGUACCACUGGGGAAUUGGCCUUAAGCUGAAAAUAACACUGAAAAAUAGCAAAAGCUAAAAGUACAUAGAAUUCUCAAACUUAGGAACCUUACUUAAAUUAAAAUAAUAAAUUCCUCAGUGUACAUCGCCAUUUGAGCCUGUGGU